AAGAUUAUAAUACGCUCUGCUCUUUGUGUUUAUUUGAGUAUUACUUAGUGUUUUUAUUAAAAAAAAUAAAUUUCGUAAACCAAAUUUUUUUUAUAAGUGCAAAUGUGUAUUUGUUAAUGAAGAAAUUUUGCAAUAAAUUUUAUGUGUUGUUUUUCGAUGAAAUGAUUUUUAUCCGACAUUUUUAAUUAACAAAUUAAAAAAGUUUUUCCUUAAGUAAGAAGAAAAAGUUUUACCUCAAGUGAAAUUUAUAGGCAAUUGCAAAAUAUAUAUUUAAUUGUUUGUGUUCGUGUGUAAAAUAUUUUUUUUUACAAACCGACAAUUUAAGAGCCAACCAAAGAGCCUAUCUAACUAUUAUUUACAAUAAGUACGCUAACAAAACGUAACGUACAGAAAAUAUCUAUAACAAUACAAUAACAAAAAUAAAAAACAGUAACAGCCAUCAAAAUGCAAUCACUCAAGUGCAGUUUAAGUUUAGUUGUAGCAUUGGGCUUAUGUCACAUGUGCAUGGCCAUGCCAGGACGCUACAUACGCGCCGCCGAUGAUGAUUCUCUAGUAACACUACAAUUCGAUGACAAUGAAAGUGAUUUGAAUCCCCUUAAUGCUGAGGCCGUACCUAGUGAUGAGUUAGAACGUAACAAAAGAAAACUUCCCGAUGCCACCUUUGAGGCUAAAAACGCUGUCUUGGGUUUCGUCUUUGGCAAAAUCGACAAUUUCUUAGAUACUAAAACUAGAGUGAUCGAGCAAUUGGAUCGUGCUAAUGUAGAGAAAAACAAGCAAUGGGACAUUCCAAAACCAGUACCAAUCAAUGAUUUCCAAUCUUUAAUCACUGCCAUUGUUUCACCCAAAAUCCGUUCUAUUGGUAAUAUUGCCAACGACUUGACCACUGGUGUUUUGACUACCAUCACCGCCUUCAGUGGCAGUUCUUCGGGUGGCAAUAGUAAUAAUCCCAAUGCUGGUUUGGGCAAUGUAGUAUCGAAAUUCUUGGGCUUCUCUGGACCCAUUUUACAAGGUUCUUCGGCUGGUGCUGGUGGCAGUACAACACCUGCUCCUGAUUCUGAUGAGGCUGGCUAUUAAGCAUUAUUAACAAAAUUUUAUUAAGAAAUUAAUUAAACACAGGUGUAAACAGGUGUUAGCUACCUAUUGAAAUACUACAAAAUUCAUUGUAAAUUUUUUGUUGAUUUUCAUAGUUUUAGUUUAGAAAUUUUUUCAUAUACACAAAAAAAUCAUUAAUAUUUUAUACCUACUAAUGUUUAUAAAAGAUAUUGUUUAAAUAUUGACAUUAUUCAUAAAUUUUAUAUUUGAAAUAUAUAUGUCCUUCUUGCUACUUUUAAACAAUUCGAUUUAGCUUGAAUAGCUUUGCUACUUAAAGUUAUGCUUUAAAUAUUAUUUUUAUUGCUGCCUUAAAGUAUGCUAAGUGUUUUAGUUUAUGAGUUAAAUAGAAUUGUUUAUUUUUUAGUUAAAUUGUUGAUUUUCUUUGAAAUUGUUUUCAUACAUUUUCGUACUUUAUUGUACAUGUUUCUAUAUCUAUUAUAAAUAAUUUUAUACUCCUUCGCAUACAAUUGUAAAUAUUUGCAUUAUUUUAAAAAAUCUCAACACGAAAAUCUUUGUCCUAUUUCUUUUUUUU